AUGCGCGGCGGCGGUGGGCGGGGCUUGCUCGGCUGCGCGGGAGCCUCUGCGGGAGCUCUGAGGCGUUGGGGCCGCUGCGACCGCUCGUCCGGCCAUGUCCGAGGCGUAUUUCCCCGUGGGCCCCGGGCUGGGCCUGGAGGAGAACUUCCUGUCGCUGGACGACAUCCUGAUGUCGCAGGAGAAGCUGCCGGGCCGCGCCGAGAGCUCCCUGCCGCGGCUGGCCUUCGCGCUGGGCCAGGGGGCCGGCACCGGCGACUCCAUCCUGGAGGGAACAAAGCUGGAAAUACCUCUGUGGCUUGCUAAAGGUUUGCAUGACAGCAAAAGAAGAAUAAUUUCUGUGGAACUGCCAAAGAUUUACAAGGAAGCCUGGAGGACUGUGUUCAGUGCUGAUGCCACUGUGGUUGAUCUGCAUAAAUUGGGGCCGUACUACUAUGGAUUUGGCUCCCAGCUCCUGAAUUUUGACAAUCCAGAGAAUCCUGAGAUAGCUCAGACGCUCCUGCAGCAGUCCCAAUUCCUUUGGUAUCUCUUUGGGUCCUGCUUUCUAACCUCCGAUUGUCCUUGCUGUGCACUGCUGGUAUCCUUCCCGUUGAUCUGCAUCCGUUGUGAUGUGCAGUGCACUGAACUGCAACCAGCCUCCUGCUCAGGACAUACACCAAUGCAAACAAAGAGAUUACCACAAGACAUUUAUUAGCCGUUUUCGUCAUAUCAUGGACUCCUCUCAGAACGCCUACAAUGAAGAUACAUCAGUGCUCGUGGCUCGACUGGAUGAACUGGAGCGAGCCUUGUUUCAAGCUGGCCAGAAAGGGCUGAAUGACUUCCAGUGCUGGGAAAAGGGACAGGCUUCUCAAAUCACAGCUUCCAGUCUGGUCCAGAAUUAUGGGAAAAGAAAGUUCCCAGAGAUGGAUGGUUAAAAGCCUGAAGAACAUGCAGCUACAGUGGGGGACACCGAGAGGUUUACAGUCUGUCUGUCACAGAAGAGAAAGAUGAAUCAGCUUUCGGGAAGGACAGACUCCACGUUCAUUAAUGGGAAUUCUUUUCUAUAGCAGCUUUGGAUUAGACUUGAGAAAAUUUUAAAGGCAGCCGGCAAGGGUAUAAAAAAUAGAUGGCAUCGCAUCACUGGAUAGCUUUACAGCUUACUCAUACCACUCCUGAGGAUUUACAGUUAAAGUGAUUGCUUGGUGGCUGAAAGGGUAAAAGAGGGUUUUCUAAAAGAGUAAUUAAUAUUUAUGAUUAUCUUCAAAAUUGAUACUUAAAAUACUGGAUCUGUUUGGAAAAAAAGUGAAAUUCUUUGUAUUUCAUCUUGCCCUUCCCAUUCUAAGCUCCUGAGCACACCUGCUUCCAGUUUCCGUGUUUUUUGGAGAGCCCCAAUGAAGUGGAAAAAAAAAUGUGGUACAAACUGCAUUGAAUUUUUCAUAUUUCUUAUGCAUUGACGUGGGGGAGGAAUGUUUUUAUUUGCUGACUUUCGUACACAUUGUUAGUGAGCGGUAGAAAAGUACCUCUUCUAGCCCAUGUAGCAAGUGAAGUGGCUGUGCAGGUACUACAUGCCACCUCAUCCUUUCUCUGCCUUUCAGCCCAUGUGGGCUUGAUGCUGUGUGAGAUGGAGAAUGUUCUCGUUUCAUGUGAGUGGCUUUUGUAAUGGAUAUAUCUCUGUGAUGUGUGUUAAGCUCCUCUGUUUGUUUUAUGGAGGGGGCAACAGAAGGCAACAAAUACAUAGUCCAGACUAGCAGCAACUUUAGUGGAAACUCUGCCCCAUUGUCAACCUUUGAGCCAUCUGCUUUCCCAUAAGAAAUUCUUCUGAUUACUAAAUUUGAUUAAUAGAAGAGACAGAGCAAAGGAACUGAGUUUCCUUCCUUCUAAUCCAUCAAAAUGAUCCUAGAAAAUGUCAUUCUUGCCAGUAGGAGUAACUGGAGUUGGAACUUGCUAAACAGCACAGUGGCUAUCAUGCCACGUGAAUGUCCUUAAACCUAAAUUAUCCAAAUCCCCUUGGAUUGGAGACAGAAAACAUGGUUAUCUCUGUAGGACAUAGUUCCCAUAGUCAUCAGGAUGGUUGUCCUUUGUAAGCAGGUAUUAGACAUCUUAUGAGCGCUUCUACGCAUCUAUACAAGAUGGACCUUGCAGAGCACCUAAGUGGAGGAGCCAGACAGUAAUAACACUGUUUCCUCUUCUGUGGGAACCACCAGGAGGUGCCAACAAGAUCCAAAUCUUGGAGUUGUUAAUGGACUUGCAGAUGCAUGUGGAUAUUGGAUACUUCAAACUGCAAAUUUCAAGGAGAAAGAGUUUGUGGCCAUUUCUUGGGCAGAGGAAAGACAGCUUUCACUGUGGAGGUGGUGAGAGGGGACAGCGUGCUGGCUUCACAAACACCUUGGUGUCCCUGCCUCUGCUGCACAAGGCCAGCCACAGGAGACUAAUGGGAAGCUGUGCCAAACAAAGUCUUUCAAGUUCAAGAUCAAAUGCUGCUGCACUUAAUGGCACAUAAUAGCCUGUGCAUUUUCAUGAAGCUUUUGUCUGUUGUCUGUUUCUGGAUUUUUAUGUCGAAUAAAUAUUUUGUAAAGGGA